GCCAUCGAUCACGCACCCGCCGAAAAUGAAAAAAGGUCGUCUUAUUUUCUGAGAAUAGUUCGUUCAGAAUCAUGGCAUUCUUGACGCAAAAUGAGACGAAGACUAGCAGUUAUCUUAGAGAUAAAGAGCGAAUUUCCACAAGGUUUCGGACGAAUUUGGAGGCAAUUAUUGACAAGUAUGACCGCCCGUUUGUUGAAUCCGACGUUCUGGAUCUCAGCAACAUGACAGUGGUAGAGGAUCGAGGUUCCAUUGGCAGGACAGGAAAGAUACGGAUCGGAACAAUCAAACUAGCAGCAGAUAAAGUCUCCCCUAACAAAGCUACCCCUUGGGACUCAACUAAGGACAGUACGGACUCGGCUUUUGGCAGCCGCCUCAGCGAGAGUGAAGACACAUCAGGGACGGAGACGUUAGUCAACUAUACCUACCACCAGAAUCCCAAACAUGUCAACAAAGAAGAGAGAGCAAAAGCUGUACAAAGAGUUGAUGAUGAUUUGAUGAGUCGUAAUUCACAUUCAGAGGAUUCAGGCAAUGAGGAUGUGGAGUCCGACUGCAGCGGCCCGAUCUCCACCCCAACAAAAUCCUCUCUCAAAACACUGACGCAACGCCAAAGACCUCAAGACACCACAAGUGACCCCAUCCAUCGCGCUCACCAGAGAGCUCGUGGAAAUCUCUCCAAGAGGUUCGAGGAUGAGUAUCGAGUAAAAGAGAAAAAAGAGCAAGAGAUGAUUAAGGAACUUAGUGAGAACGACGAAGAUGAGGAGGAGGAGGAGGAGGAGGAUCCGUAUGAAUUCAAAGAUGAACUUCCUUCCAUCCUUGAGGAGCGGAACCGAUUCUUAUUCAAGAUGCAGUCGAUUCUUGCUGACAGCUUUAGCGAUGGUGAUGGUGUUGAUGAGAUGGACUCGUCGAGUGAGGACGAGGCAAGCGCGGGAACUAUUGAGAGCAGUGAAGCAACAAGUGGAUCCAUCUCCGCGUGGUCGACACUCCAGUCCAGGACCACACCAAAAAGAACUUCAAAAUUGAAUCGGAUAACAGGUGCGGGUAAUACUAGCAGUAAAAAUGAAGAUUUUCCUCAGCAGGAUGAGAGGCUCUUAGAUGGACUUACAAUCACCAGCACCGACUCCGACUACACAGACUGCAGCACUAUCUUAGCUGGUAACCUGCAUUCUAACCAACAACUUUUCCGCCCUUCCAAUCUGCUCUCGAGGGUGAACCAGAACAGAGACUCGAGGGGCAAAAAAUCCCAGCCGCCCUUUGAGGCAAUUUGCAACAGCACUAUGCUUAGUGAGAUUCAACCCUCUGCACUUGGAACAGCCAAGAGGAAACCACAACUGGAUUUGGAUCGGCACAGAGAACUUGAGUUACCCCUUGACGGGCAGGGAGAGAUGUGCCUCGGAGUGGUGCCCUUUAGUGCUCAGUCUAAGCCUGAAGUUAGAAGUGACGACGAACAAAGCAAGUCCCCAAAGUCUGAAAGGAGCUCAGAAUUCAGAACUCCCAUCAAAUAUGAUGACGCCAACAGAAGACCUGCUCAUAAUUCACUGAAAUCAAACACACCAACAACAAGGAAUCACAACCGUCAAGAUUCCAUUAGGAGUCCCAGUAACUGCGAUGUAUCGGGCAUCACCCCUAGAGCCCGGCAGCGGAAAGUCGUAACGGUAAACUCAAAGACGAGCCUUGCUUCCCCUCGGUUUAACACUCAGGAAAUCAUGGAGAUAUUCCGAUCGCCGAAGCCACUGAUCAUACCAGGUAUCAAUUUUGAUAGUUUGGAUUUGACACCACGACGGAGAGUAAGGCGAGAAGGCUCUGGAGCGCCCUCUCCAGGUCCACUAACGAAUGCGUUACUGCGCCUCCAGAGUCCCUCAUUGUCAAAAGAAGAGAAAAGUACAGGUCACAGAAGUCAAUCAGCAAAGGAGAUCAUCAUUCAGAGCAAUGACUUUGCUUCUGAGAUGACAUUAGACUGUUUAAGGUUUGAUUCCGAGAGUGAUGAUGAUCAGCGAAGUGAAACUUCUGAUGAUGGACCAAACCAAAUUGCAAGGACGCCAAAGACACCAACGGUUGUUGAAAUUGCAAGUCAUUGUAAACACCAGAGAGAAGUAGUUGAAGCAACCAAUAUUGCUAGGCCUGAAGUACAGGGAAGUAAUCGACAUUUGAAGGAAGGUACGAGGGAACUUAAGACUAUGGCUCCUACUAGAAAAGACAAAUCUGUGUGCAAAGGGGUUCACAUCUCCACGAGACAAAUUCCUGGCAACAGCAAUGAAUUGUUAAAUGUACCAGAGCAACACGCCAAGCAUUCUGAAGUUUGUGGAGCCGACCUCAGGGUGACAGAUUCUCAAAUCAGACGAACAGCUCAUCAUCAUCGCUCUUCACGGUCGACUGACACCCCAGACCUACACACUGAUUUGAAUUCAGUCAAUCCAAAAUUGGACUGCCGGAGAACUCCGGCUUCAAUAACAAAACAGGACGCAAGGAGAAAACACAGUGAGCAAAAACCUUCAACCACUAGACAAUUACCAAUAAGGACUGCAAACAACACUGGCAAAAAGUCAAUGCAGAAGUCCAGGCAUCUGAAGGAAAACAGUGCUGAAGAUGUUCAAGACGACUCAAAGACGACCCCGUUGUCCUCAAAGACCUCAAAGGUCAAGAGGAGUAUUUUGACCCCUACAGUUCAAAGGUCACCCUCCACGCUCUCCUCCCCGUUGAAUCGCAUGUCUCUGGCUUCGCCCCUAGCUUUGCCCCAAGCAACCAACAGACCCGUUAAAGGCCAACUCCCUAAAGGUUCUGAUAAAAAGACAUCUUUGGAACAGGCUGUCAGGAAAAAACAGAAAAAGCUCUCCGAGGGUCAUCCGAAGACAAGCCUUAUGGCUGAACAUUUGAGAUUGAAUGAUAGGCAGCGAGCCUCAGAAGAAUUUAACCAAACCCAUAUGACCAUCAGAGAUUUUGAUGACGAUUCCGAGGAUGAGAUGGAAGUUGACGUCGAUCCUUACUCACUAACAGCAGAUGAUUCAUCGCCAGGUCCAAGUCACUUCCGCAGUCGACGCACUGCUCAUUCUUACGGCAAACCAGCUCCCAUGAGCUAUAAUGACCAUAGAGAUAACAGCAUCUCGGGCAAAGAUAAAUCAAGAGCAAGUCAUCUUUCGCGAAAGUCUCAAGAGCAUGACAGAGUUUUUGAUGUCGAUACCAAGACGCAGCUAGAACGGUACACGCAUCAACGACAAUCAGAGAGAUAUCAUAAAGAUCUUAGAAAUUCAGAAAAUGAUGGAGAGUUUGGACAGUCAAGUCCUUUUCAUUCAAAGAAGGAGAAAGUUUUAGCAAACAAGACUUUUGCGCCAAACAGAACAGUGUCAAAACAAGGGAAGAAUAAUUCAGAUACCACUCUAAUCCGAGGAGAGAGGAAGCUCGUUGUCCGAGCGGAACAAACGCUGGACUUCUCGGACGAGGAGAGUGAUUCUUCAGGUGACUCUGCUAAAUUUCUCUCCCUGGUGUCCAACCACAGCAUCAUGGACACAUAUGACAGUGACCCUGCGGAAGUACCAGUGGCCGUUCCCGAAGUCAGUAAAAGAAACCACGUAGGAAGCUUCAAAACCAAACAUAAAACCAUCAUCCGGUGCGGCCAGAUUAUCUCCUCUCCAAAAUCGACGAAGAGCAUCGCCAGAAAUCUCCACAGUGCUUCACCGCCACGCACAGGCCGUGUGGAAAAAAGCAGGAAAAUGUACGCAAACUCCCCAACAAGGGCAUAUCAGUCGGACACCAAAUCUGUGCGGAGUUCAACCAAAGUUGACCAGAGAGGGUCGCCUGCCAAGACAGUAGCGAGGAGGUUGAUUGCGUCUCCGAUGAAAAAGUUUGACGAGAGUGGCAAUGUUGGAUCGUUAGCGUCUAGUCCCCUGCGUUCUAGUGGUUGCAAUGUCAGCUCUUCCUAUAUGUGUGAGGGACCAGGCCACUGCACCAAACCCUUCUGCUUCAGCUGUGCUUUAAGUGAGCUCAGUUAAAGGUCGGUAUUAACUUGCAGUCACAAAGGUGCUUAUAACACUCACAAGCUAAAAACAAGAGAACAAUUCCCAACAAAAAGUUGGGUUACCAGUCCAAAUGUCAUAGCUAUGCUAUCUGUCCCUUAUGACUGGUCCUCGGCUAAUUGUGCUUAGCAGUAUAAUCUGUUAAGCAGCUCUAUGAAAUGUUGGUGACUUGCAGUGUUUUUUCUUAAUGAUAACCUUGCCAAAAAAACCAAAGUGUAAAUACUUGUAUAAAUCAUCGUCCAAAACAUACCAAAGUGUUCUCAAAGAUUGAUUAAAAUCUCACUUUUUUACAUCAGAGAAGAUUUAUCUUUUACAGCGUGAUGCAUUCUGGUGGCUGUACCUCUGUUUAUAGUUUCUGCAAUUUGUUAUUUGCACUACUUCUGGUGGUGAAAAGAACUGCUUUUUUAAAACCAAAAUCUCACUGUUUUGUAUGAAGGGAGUUGUAAUAUUUUGUUGUUUAAUGCUGAUGUACAUAAACAAUGUAGAAGUAUGGCUGUGUAACAUGAGAAAACAAUUUUAUAUUCCUUAAAAGCAAUAAGGUAUAAAAGCCAGUGGACACUAUUGGUAAUUGUCAAAGACCAGUCCUCUCACUUGCUGUAUCUCAACAUA